ACUGUGCCGUUGUUACCUUGACAACCGCAUCUGCAAUGUGAAUUUUCCUUUACGCUUCAUACGUUUUAUAAUUAAAUCCCAUCACAUCAAUGUCACUGUCGAAGAAUAAGACAUCUGUGUGCAAAACUUUGAAUGAUCGUAGAAAGCCCACAGACAAAUGGGAGGGGAGAUGUGUUGUGCAUUACAAAUGUGGCCUCCCUGGUACCAUACAAGAUGUCUUGAAACAAAGGCCAGGCUGGGUGGAAGUCAAAGAUGAUGGGGAAUGGGACUUCCACUGGUGUGAAGUGGGCUGGCUCAGGGAGAAUUUUGAUAAUUCAUACAUAGAGGAACAUGUAAGGAUCAACCACUUUCGCAAUCAUUACGAGCUGACCCGCAAAGACUUUCUGUUGAAAAACCUGAAAAGAUACAAAAGGACUUUGGAAAGGGAUGCCAGCUGCACGGAGGGCUCCAAAUGUAAUUUUUUCCCCUGCAGCUUUGCACUGCCUAAUGAGUAUCAUCUCUUUGUGGAGGAGUUCAAAAGAAACCCUGGCAGCACCUGGAUCAUGAAGCCGGCUGCAAAAUCUCAAGGUGCGGGCAUUUUCCUUUUUAAAAAACUGAAAGACAUCAUGGAUUGGAGGAAGCAUGAUGGCACCCGCUCAGAGGAGCAGAGAGAUGCAGGUCAAGUGGAAAGCUAUGUGGCACAGCGUUAUAUUGAGAACCCCUACCUGCUGGGUGGCAGAAAAUUCGAUUUGAGGGUCUAUGUGAUGGUAACAUCAUAUUUUCCCUUGAAGGCAUGGCUUUAUCGUGAGGGCUUUGCACGCCUCUCAAGUGCACGUUUCUCCCUGAAUUGUAUUGAUGACAAAUAUGUACAUCUCACUAAUGUGGCUGUUCAGAAAACCGCUCCAGACUAUGAUCCUGAAAAGGGAUGUAAAUGGAAGAUCGAGAAGCUCCGUAUGUACCUAACUGCAAAGCACGGGAGGCAGAUGGUCGAAACUCUGUUCAAACAGAUGGAUAACAUCUUCAUCGGCAGUCUACAGAGUGUGCAGAAUAUCAUUAUAAAUGACAAACGCUGCUUUGAACUUUAUGGCUAUGACAUUAUGCUGGAUGAGAACCUCAAACCGUGGUUGAUUGAAAUCAAUGCCUUUCCGUCACUUUCACCCAGUAGUCAAGAGGAUUACGACAUGAAGUACAGAUUACUGGAAGAUACUGUUAAUAUUGUGGAUAUAGAAAGAAGGUUGACUGGGAAGGAGAAGAGGGUGGGUGGAUAUGACCUCAUGUGGAACGAUGGGCCUGUCUAUAGAGAGGAUGCUGACCCAGAAGUAUUUGGUUGUUCACGUUUAAGAGCAAACACACAUUUAGGUAAGGUAUUCAGGCUUACUGUUUCACAAUGUAUCAAUCCAUCAUACAGCCUGUUAUACUUUUGUAUGUUUUUUUUUUGCAGGAUGUAUGAAUGACAGGGAAAAACACAUUUUUAAACAAUUUCCAGCCCAGGCGGAUUGAUGUGCUACAAAAGAACUCAAAAUGGCAGAUUGGGCAUUAAAGUCCCUGUCGUGUGCAAGUAGGUUACAUGCUGGGUCAUAUUUUGAAUACUUUUGACUCUGUAAAGCUAGUCUCCAACAGUGGUUCUCAGCUGGUUUGGCUGUGGUACCGACCGUCAAAGCCUCAGUAACACAUCUCCAGCAGAUAUCUUCAGUUACUGGAUGUGUCGGACGGACAGCAUGUAACCUUCCCCCGUGUCCUUGCCAUCCCGGUCAACUUUAACAGUCACCCAUAAACACGACAUAGCAUAGCAAGCGAAUGGCACAGACAAAAGCAGUACAUUUUUCUUCCCAUGCAAAUACCUGCGACCCAUUUUUGUGUCACGACCCACAAGUUGAGAAUUAAUGGUCGACUCAAGAUACUUUACUCUGGCAAUUGAAUAACUGAAUAUCUUAAUAUAAUCUUAAUAUUUGUAAUAAAAUAUCUUAUAAGCACUGCACCAAGUUUGUUCAUUUGUUCACAUAAGCAGCCAAUGGAACACUUUUUCUAUGACGAACAACUAUUAACUUUCACCUUUUAAAGAAAAAUAACCACCAUCUUUGUUUACAUCACAUGGCUUGGAUAGUUAAUAAGGUGCAAUCUCUAUGCAUAUCACCUUGAAGUUUGAUUCAAGCAAAUGUGGUAAAACACAUGGAUGCACUAUUGUAAAACAUGUU